UUACUCACACCCACACUACUCUUCAACUACUAGCGUGUUAGCGCUGCGCCUUAGCCCCGCCCCCGGCACUAUCCCGGUCACGUGUCGGCGGUUGUCACUUUCUCGCUUGGGGAGCGAGUGGGCGGACAGGGGAGGAUAUGGCUGCGUUGGAGUCAGUCGCCGAGGUGCAGAUAGAUCCCGAGGGAGUCUUUAAGUACAUACUACUCAGGGUGAGCUCUGGGAACUCGGAUCCUGAGCAGCACCGGGAUAUUGUCAGAGGCACCAAGAGCGCUGAGUUCCACAAUCACAUAUUUGAUAAGGUAAAUCCUGAAAUCCAGGCAUUAGGUUUGGAAUGUAAGUGCCUUGGAGGGGGGAAAAUUGAACAUAAUAACAAAGACAAGAAAAUAAGAAUAUUCGGUGAAUCCACAGGAUAUGGCAAAGCAGACCAUUCAGUCACUGCAGAAAAGCUGAAGAAGGCAUACAGUGACUAUGAGGUGACUUGGUCUGAUGACAAGAAAUGAGAGCCCUUUUUCUCCCCAACCAUUUGGAGGGUACAUCUUUCUAUCCCAAGUACUUUCAGGCAACCAUGCUACUAAUUUUCUUGUAGAAACAUUUUUCAUUUUGAAAAAAUAAUAAAUAAUUUCCAUUCUGGCAA